CACGCGUGCCCGCUGUUAAACACUUGACGUAAUUCUCUCUUCUCUGCUCUAAUCUGGAGAGAGGGAGAGAAAGAGAGGAGAGGACAGAGAACGAGAGAGAGAGAGAGAGAGAGGGCUAAAGGGAGGAAUGGUGAAUGAGAGGAGUUGACGGAGGAGUAGAGACGUUUAUUCCGGCUGGUUACCUAGUGACGAGAGAGAGUCAACAGCCCGAUAUACAGGCGGAUUUACCUUCCUCCAUCACGGCUCCAGAACAGUGGCUCACCUUCGCUCAACCUGCCCGCCCAGCAGCGCCCUCAUCCCGGCGAGAGGUCCAGGAGCUGUCCUGAAAACGUCGUCUCCCCCUGUGUGUCCUGGGUUGUGAUUGGUGUAGAGAGAAGUUCCACUAUGACAGGCUGACCUUUCUGACCCUCUGUGACCCUCACCAUGGUGACAUGACAGACCUUAGUGUUCCCCACCACAUCCAUGUUAGAAACCCUUCAUAGAGACGUACACACACACACACACACACACACACACACACACACACACACACACCUUGACACACACACACACACCCUGACACACACACACCCUGACACACACACACACACACACACACACACACACCCUGACAUACACACACACACACACACACCCUGACAUACACACACACCCUGUCAUACACACACACCCUGACAUACACCUAUAUACAUCGCGACACACACCCUGACAUACACACACACCCUGACACACACCCUGACAUACACACACACCCUGACACACACCCUGACAUACACCUGUAUACAUCGCGACACACACCCUGACAUACACCUGUAUACAUCGCGACACACACCCUGACACACACCUGUAUACACCUGUAUACAUCGCGACACACACCCUGUCAUACACCCUGACAUACACCUGUAUACAUCGCGACACACACCCUGACAUACACCUGUAUACAUCGCGACACACACCCUGACACACACCUGUAUACACCUGUAUACAUCGCGACACACACCCUGUCAUACACCCUGACAUACACCUGUAUACAUCGCGACACACACCCUGACAUACACACACACCCUGACACACACCCUGACAUACACCUGUAUACACCGCGACACACACCCUGACAUACACCUGUAUACACCGCGACACACACCCUGACAUACACACACACCCUGACAUACACACACACCCUGACAUACACCUGUAUACACCGCGACACACACCCUGACACACACCCUGACAUACACCUGUAUACAUCUCGACACACACCCUGACAUACACACACACCCUGACAUACACCUGUAUACAUCGCGACACACACCCUGACAUACACCUGUAUACAUCGCGACACACACCCUGACAUACACACACACCCUGACACACACCCUGACAUACACCUGUAUACACCGCGACACACACCCUGACACACACCCUGACAUACACCCUGACAUACACCUGUAUACACCGCGACACACACCCUGACACACACCCUGACACACACCCUGACAUACACCUGUAUACAUCGCGACACACACCCUGACAUACACCUGUAUACAUCGCGACACACACCCUGACAUACACACACACCCUGACAUACACACACACCCUGACAUACACCUGUAUACAUCGCGACACACACCCUGACAUACACCUGUAUACAUCGCGACACACACCCUGACAUACACCUGUAUACACCGCGACACAUCCAGGUAGUGAUGUCGUUAGCGGUGCAUGUCCGUCGCCACCUGCGGCGCUUCCUCCUCCUCCUCGCCUCUGGCUCCCUGCUAGGCUCCGCCUACUUCCUAUUCUCUCACUCCGCCCCCACUCUACAGCUCAACCAAUCAGGAGAGCACGUUGCUGUGGCGUGCCCCCUGCCCUUCAGACGAUCCGAACGCGACACGCAGCCCCUCCCCUCAGUCGACCCAGUAGUAUUGGUACUAGUAGAAUCACAGUAUAGCCAGUUAGGACAGGACAUAGUCGCCAUCCUGGAGUCAGCCAGGUACCCCUUCACAACAGAGAUCACCCCGGGGAAGAGAGACCUGCCUCCUCUCACUGACCAGGGGCGUGGUCGCUACAUCCUGGUCAUCUACGAGAGUCUGUUGAAGUACGCCCACACUGACCCCGGGAACAGACAGCUGCUACACCAGUACUGUCUCCGUUAUCGAGUCGGCAUCAUCACCUUCCACAGAGCCAAUCAGAACUCUCCGCCCCUGCUGAAUCUCCGGGGUCUUCCCCUGCUGCUACGGACCAAUCAGGCCCUCCGAGACGCCUCUGUGAUGUCACGUUCGCCCCUCCUCCACCUGACUCGGGCUGAGACGGACCGUGGACCACUCCCUGGUGAUGACUGGACCACAUUCUCCUCCAACCACUCCUCCUACCAGGCUGUUGUCCAGGCACGGCCCAGGGAGGGAGGCCCCGGAGUGGGCAGCGGAGAUAAUCCAGUCCCUGGUUUCAGUCGGGGCCUACGGGCUACGGUGGUGUUGGAUGCGGGGCAUUUUGACGGUGUUCAAAGGGUCAUCUUCGGACACGACCUGGGCUACUGGCUACACAGGCUCCUAUUGGUGGACGCUAUCACUUACCUCACGGACAGGAAGUUGUCGUUGGGGUUGGAGCGUCACAUCCUGGUGGAUAUAGAUGACAUCUUUGUUGGGAAGGAAGGAACACGCAUGAACACCAAGGAUGUUAAGGCCCUCCUGGACACUCAGAACCAGCUGAGAUCUCAAAUCACCAACUUCACCUUUAAUCUGGGCUUCUCUGGAAAGUUCUACCAUACAGGUACAGAUGAAGAGGAUGAGGGGGAUGAUGUGCUGCUCGGUUCUGUAUCAGAGUUCUGGUGGUUCCCUCACAUGUACAGCCACAUGCAGCCACACCUCUUCAACAACCUCACCUCUCUGCUGGAGCAGAUGGUCCUUAACAAGGACUUCGCUCUGCAUCAUGGUAUUCCAGUAGACCAGGGUUAUGCUGUUGCACCCCACCAUUCAGGAGUCUACCCUGUUCAUCUCCAGCUGUAUGAGACGUGGAGGAAGGUGUGGAACAUCAGGGUUACAUCUACUGAGGAAUACCCUCACCUCAAACCUGCUAGAUACCGCAAAGGAUUCAUACACAAUGAUAUUAUGGUGCUGCCGCGUCAGACGUGUGGGUUGUUCACACACACCAUUUACUAUAAGGACUAUCCUGGAGGACCUAAAGAACUGGACAACAGCAUCAUGGGAGGAGAGCUGUUCCUGACUGUCCUACUGAACCCAGUGAGUUAA